UUAAACGACUCCGAUCAGGAAAGUUUUGAACAUUCUGCCCGGUUAAUCAAUUUCAUGGCAGAGAUGCGGAUAGAACGUUUAUAAAUUGACGGAAACACUUAGAACACCAGGUGGAAUAAAAAUGAGUACAUCAAUACAGGAAAGUGGAGACCGGGAAGCUCAACAGAUUGAGAAUGGCGAAGGGAAACCGUUGCUUGCUUCACAAAAGGUGGUUGGAGGAAAAGUCACAAGUUCGAUGAUAUCAGCCUCUUUUAAUUUCAUCAAUUCGAUAAUAGGAUCUGGAAUAAUAGGUUUGCCAUACUCCUUAAACCAGUCUGGCCUUCCCCUUGGCCUUUUUCUCUUGGUUUUGGUAGCAUUUAUUACAGACUACUCUAUCAUCUUGUUGAUAAGAGGAGGGAAUCUUUCAGGGACAAAUAGUUACCAGUCACUUGUACGUAGCACUUUCGGUAUCACUGGAUUUCUGGUUCUGUCUUUAUUGCAGUUCCUAUACCCUUUCAUUGCUAUGAUCAGCUACAACAUCAUAACUGGUGACACAUUGACCAAAGUGUUUCAGAGACUACCUGGAGUUGGACCGGGCCACAUACUUGCAGAGAGACAUUUUGUCAUCGCAGUAUCCACUAUUCUAUUCACUUUACCCCUGUCUCUUUUCCGGAAUAUAUCAAAUCUGGGAAAGGUGUCCUUACUGUCCAUGGUGUUGACGGUUUUCAUCCUCAUCACUGUUAUCAUCAGAGCAGCUACCCUGGGACCACAUAUUCCCCCUACAGAGAAUGCGUGGGUGUUUGCAAGGUGGAAUGCGAUUCAGGCCGUUGGUGUUAUGUCUUUUGCCUUUAUCUGCCAUCACAACAGCUUUAUGAUCUACGGCUCUCUGAAGGAACAGAGCCUAAGUAACUGGUCUCGUGUCACCCACAUGUCUGUUGGUUCGGCUAUGAUUGUCAGUAUUCUGUUUGCUGUGACUGGCUAUGCUACCUUCACUGGGUACACACAAGGUGAUAUCUUUGAAAACUACUGUGGGAACGAUGACCUGGCUACUUUUGGUCGCUUCUGUUUUGGCAUCAGUAUAAUAACAACUUUUCCUCUGGAGUGUUUUGUGACUCGAGAGGUAGUAUCCAAUGUUUUUUUUAAAGGGUCUCUCAACAACCAUGCCCAUGUGGCGGUCACCUUGCUCAUAGUUGCAGCGUGCACAGCAUUAUCCUUGGCCUACGACUGUCUGGGUAUGGUUCUGGUGUUAAAUGGUGUUGUAAGUGCCACACCUUUAAUUUUCAUCAUUCCAUCAGCUUGCUACCUCAAGCUUUCCACAGAGCGCUGGUUCCAAGGUGAAAACCGCAUCCCCUGUCUCAUCCUCAUAGCUGGUGUCUUUGUCAUGACAACUGGUUUGAUCAUGGCGGUUAUGUUCCCCCAAGACUGCUCCCAUGGUGCCGAGAUGUUUUACUGCGCAACUUCCAACCUUUCCAUAUCCCCCACACCACUCACUGAGCUACUCUUUCAGAAUUCAACUCAGAAUUCUAGGUGAAAUGUUGUUAUUACACACUGGGGUUUUGUAAUAUGACUUUGUAUGCUCAUUGUAUUUAUUACCUCUACAAUGAAUGUGUGUGUUAUAAUUUAUGCUACUAUUUGUGAAAGUGCCAUAAUGCAAUACAUUCAUCAGUUUGUAUGUCAGACUGAGACAAAGUUCCACUGUGAAUUUCGCGAGAAGUUACCUUCGAGAAGCCUACCACACGACGUCGCUGUAACAUAAUCAGACUAAAUGAAACUUUUAUAAAAAGGUUUCUCGGAGGUAACCUUUUGCUCUCUUGCCUUGAUGUCACGCCCUUCGAAGAUCAAUGUAGUUAAAGAAGUUUGUCCAAUGGUAGUGCAUUUUCCACUGCUGGUUAGAGGGAAUAUGUUAUACAUUUACGAUUUGGGCAAUUUCAUGAUUAUAAUAUUUAGUAUAUUUCAAUAUUAUAAAUGUAAACCCGAAUUGUUAACUUCACUAAAAAUAAAAGUAAUAUGAAUUGUCUCCUGCAGUACAAUUUUUUACAUACAUUUUCACUGUUGAAUUCAUUUAAAAAUCAGGCAAGUACGUGUAUUCCCUCUGGGAUGGAUAGGUGAAAUUACCGCUGGGAGUAAAAACGGGAGAAGAGUGGAGCUAUUCGACGCCCCACGAAUGGUUAUUUGAAUCUCUACUCAUACGUUUUGACGUCGAUUUUUGGAGUUGGUAUGCUUUUGGCAGAGAAAACUUAGCAGUGCUUGUAGCAGGCAUCGUGUCACAACUUUGAAAUGUGGACUGCUGGCUAAACGAUGGAAAGACUGGGUUGUGCUGGCGGCGUAUUGGAACAGAGGAGCGACUGUUGUGUGGAUCAAGAUGGAAGUGGGAGUUCUAGAAUUCAUUUUGAACGCACAGUAGCCUAAUGUAUCACUGAACGAAUCAACGCCACGCUAUAUUUUGUACGGUAUAAUUUAUUUUCUUCUCCCUAAUAAAUACUGAUGAAAGUUGACAGCAGCGCGGAGGGCCAGGGGCGUUCAUGUCCGAGGGACUUUGUUAAACCUGUGCAGCUAGACAUGGAUGAUAAUGUGUCCCAACGAACUCCACGACGACGACUCUCUGGCUCGAGGAACGGUUGCUUGGAGAUGAUGUCAGCUGACAGUAUUCCAGUUGGUUGGAGGCGUUGGCUCUGAAACUGGGGAAGUUCAAUAUCAUCAACAUCUGCACCGGCAUCAACAUCAAGCUCAGCACCAGGAAAUAGU